AUGGCCGAAUCUGUGGUGCCAAGUUUUUGGGGGCCUGUCACCUCUACCAUGGAUUGGUGCGAGAAAAAUUAUGCUCACUCUUCAUAUGUGGCAGAGCUUCAUAACACAAUAUCUAACAUUCCCUGCAUUAUUUUGGCACUUAUUGGUCUGAUAAAUGCGCUGAGACAACGUUUUGAGAGAAGAUUUAGCGUUCUUCAUGUGUCUAAUAUGAUUCUUGCAAUUGGGAGCAUGCUGUUCCACAGCACAUUGCGUCACGUGUGAGUACUUGUAACUUAACUUAGUCUGUUUGCUUUUGACCUGCUUAAUUUGAUAUACAUGUUAUAUAAGGAUGUGCUUUUGCUAUGUAAGAAGCUUGUUUGUAAUGUUCUGGCACGAAGUCAUAUUUAGGAAAUGGGUUGUCUGGCAUGCAAACUACAGUGAUGAAUAUCCAAGAUGGAUGAAGGAUUUUCUGCUAUAUCGAAGUUGAUAUGCUUCAAGACGUUCCCCUGCUGCAAUGAAAGUUGCAGGUUCAAUGUCUCUGUAUCCACAUAAGUUGUUUUCUUGUGAGGAGAUGUAUUGAAAGCUAGCCUACCUGUCCCUGCCUAGGAACGACCUUGAUUAAUAUUGCACAAAAUUGAAGUUACUGCUGAUAUGUAGACAUUUCAAGAUUCACUUCGCAGUGGAGAGCAUUGGUGGACGGGGGUUUCGGCUGUAAGAUGUUUAGAGAUAACAAAUCCAUUAGGAGACUCGGAAUGGUAUAAAACUGGCUGCGAGCAUAGUGUGGGCUAUUGCGCGGAUGGUGUGUUUCCUCCUGGAUUAGUUCUAUAAGAAAUUCGCUUUGAAAUGCAGUACCUGAAAAUGCUGAUGACUAACUAGCUUUUCAGGAAGGCCCUUUUCUGGAGAAUAUGAUUUUUAAUUUCGUAUCUAAGACACAUAUGCGUAUGUAUAUUGAUAAUCGUACUUUUGUCUCCUAAUCAUUUCUGAGGAUAAAGUUUCCUACGUUUUCUCAAGAAUGUUUGUUGUGUUCGGUCGAUUUCGUUGUAAAUGCUUAAUAUUUGUAGAUGUAUUCCGCGAACCUUUUUAUUGGCCUCCUUUUGGGCAUUACGUUUUCUGAUCUUUAUAAUGUUCAUCAAUGUGCGCUACUUCAGAUUCACUCGUUUGUUCCACAAGUGGGGCCCUGCGACGGUCUGUUUUCAUAUUGAACUCUUAAAUUUUAAGCCUUUACUUGAAGUGCGAUGUUUCAUUUCCACGGAUUGGCUGGAGUGGCGCAUUCUGCUGACGUUUCAUCUGGGGACUUGGUUGAUCAAAUUCGCAGGCAACAACAAAGCGAUGAAACGCCCAUGGUCUGGGAGGUGCUUCUCUACCUCUACGUGCUCUACUCGCCGGACUGGCACUACCGAAGCACGAUGCCCACAUUUCUGUUCCUGUACGGCGCCUCCUUUGCGGUCGUCCAUUCUUUGGCUCGUUUCGAACUGGCGUUCAAGCUACACUACGUGGCCCUGCUACUCCUCUGCAUCCCGCGGAUGUACAAGUACUACAUCUACACCACAGACGCGGCCGCCAAGCGGCUCGCACAGCACUUCGUGGCGACGCUCAUCCUCGGCAGCCUCUGCUGGUCGGUGGACCGGUUUCUCUGCGACGGGGUGUCCCGGUGGCGCAUCAAUCCGCAGGGGCACGCGUGGUGGCACGUCUUUAUGGGCUUCAACUCCUACUACGCCAACACGUUCCUGAUGUUCUGCCGGGCGCAGCAGCUGGGGUGGCAGCCGCGCGUCGUCCGCGCCCUCGGGUUGUUCCCUUACGUGAAGAUCGAGAAGCCCAAGCGGCAGUGA